CGAAACUGGUUAUAAUAAUCAUGAUGACUCAUCUGAUGAAUCACACGAAACUGGUUAUAAUAGUUAUGAUGACUUAUCUGAUGAAUCUUCCGAAAAUAUUUAUAAGGACAUGCAUGAUUAUGGUGAUGAUGACUCAGCUGAAGAAUCCUCUGAAAAUCCUCAUCAGAAUAUGCACGAAUAUAGAUUAUCUGAAGAUCACACCACAGAACAUCAAUCUAUGCCCAAUGGUCAUGACUUUGGAGAAUUUAGCACUGUCCACAAGGAAAAUACUCACCAUGGCGGUUCUGGACAUGAUGCCCUUCAAGAAAAUUACGGCAAAGAUCGUAUUAUGGCCCAUGAUGUUCACGACGCUGAUGAAUCUCGAGGUUUUCACUUAGCACGUCCUCCUCACAGGGGCCUUGGUGGUAUUGAACAUAGUCUCACAAAACAAAGGAGUCAUCCAAAGAAAAGCAUGUGCGAUCAUGGUUCAAACAAGAAUUUUUUGGAUUCCCUUCAAAGUUAUUACCAAAAUUACUAUCAAUUGGGAUCCAUGAGGCGUAACCCAUUAAGAGAUUUACAAACAUUGGCAUCGUUUGCUUCAAAUGGUAAUGCAAUUCCAGAACCCACAUUCAACGCGUGGAGGAGUAAUGUGAACAGAGACUAUGGUGGCGUGGCUACACCUGCAAAAAGUGCUGAAAUGUUUGCAAAGAAAGAGAACGGAAACAUAUUUAUGCACAUGAAUGUAUGGCUGAACGUAAAUUUAGAUAAGAAUAAUAAAGCAUCUUCCAGUGGUGGUCAUCCAACCAAGAAGUAUAAACAAAUCGCUGCCGCCGCUAGAAACGAAGCCGGUUCUUCCAGACAAAAGGGAAAGAGAAAAAUGUCCAAAACGGAGGAGUUCAUUACUUCCAAUGAAAAUGAGCCCGAACGUGUGGGACAAUCAACAACCAAUGAAAAUGGCACUGAUACCAAUCACACUACACAUGCAAACGGUACUGCGCAUGCAAACAGUACCACACAUACAAAAGGUACUUCACCUAUGAAAGGUACUUCACCUAUGAAAGAUACUUCACCUAUGAAAAGUACUUCACCUAUGAAAGGUACUUCACCUAUGAAAAGUACUUCACCUAUGAAAGGUACUUCACCUAUGAAAGAUACUUCACCUAUGAAAAGUACUUCACCUAUGAAAGGUACUACACAUGCAAAAGGUUCUGCACCUACAAAAGACAGUGCCGAUACAAAAGAUCCUUCCAAACCAUCAGAUCCUUCCAAACCAUCAGAUGCCAUUCCUAUACCAGCGAGCGCUUAUUCAUUCGGAAGAUUUGCUUCUGGUGGAAAUGGUACGUCGUUAACUCAUAUAUACAAUAUUCAUGUCGUUAAUUUGUGA